UGAAAUAAAAAAAAAAACUGCAGUCUGCAAAAGCCAAAAACCAUAACAAACUAAAUAGUAAAUAAUUAUCAAACUAUAUUAACUGUAUAAUAACAAUAAAUUCAAUAUUUGUUAAUUGUUAUAAAUUUUUUGAUGUGUGGAUUUUCAAGUAAGUCUUAUGACUUUAAGACGCUAAGAAGAAAACCAUAUCUUCGAAAAAAUGGAUUUGGCAAAUUUUUGUCGCUUGUGCGGUAAAGAAGAAGACCUUUUGAAAGAUCUCAACGAUGAAAAUAAUAUUGGUAUACUAAAAAUGGUGAAAGACCUCAUACAAAUAACAGUGACUGAAAAUGAUGAACUUCCUACAAAAGUAUGCAUACAUUGUGAAGAAAAGUUAGUCUCCUUCCAGCUGUUUAUUUUAGAAUGUAACAAAGUUCAAGAAACAUUUCAGAGUAUGUGUUUGACAAAUAUUGGAGUAAUAAAAGAAGAAAGUCCUUCUGCGAGGAAACCUCCUCAUAAUAUUAAGGCAGAGGUAAAAGAUGAAUCUGUUGCUGCAAAUGAAAUAGAAACAUUUCAGACGGAUGAUUUAAUAGUUGAAGCGAGUUUCUAUGAUGCUGAUGAUGAUGGUGGAUUUAAUACGGACUGUGAAAGUGAUAUUAUCUCACUAUCAACAUUGAAACAAAGUGAAACAAAGUCAAAUCAAAGGGAAAAUAAAAAUAAUGGAAAGAUUAAUAUGUAUAAAUGCAAGAAUAAUACUUCUCUAAAUAUUAAUGAUUAUGUUAAGAUGUCCUGUGAAGAAUGCUCCAAAACAUUUAAGAACUGGCAAACAUUUUGCUAUCAUGCUAAAAAUAAACAUACCCAGAAAGCGGUGGCAUAUUGUUUUUGUGGGUAUGCUGUGACAUCUAAGACCUUGCUCUUUGAACAUUUAGCAGAACACCAAAUAAAAUUAGACUUGAAAAAUGAAACAAGACUGGAAAAGACAAAAUCUAAAAUAAGGACUAGCGAUUUAAUAAAAUUCGUUUGCGAUUUUUGUAAUAGGAAACAUAGUAGCUGGUACUCUUUGGAGCGACAUUGUCAGUACAAACACAACAGCAAACCCUCAGUGUACUGUGCAUGUGGAGUACACAUCAACUCAAAAACUACUAUGUACAGCCAUGUGGACAGUCACAGGAAACCUGACUGUAUACGCUGUGACAAAUGUCCAAAGAUCGCAAAAACAGUAGAAGAAAUGGAGAAGCAUAAAAUGAGACAUAUACCAAAGAGAGAUAGAGUAUUUAAAUGUCCGAUGUGUGAAAAGCAGUUCAGGUCAAAGGAUUUGUUAAAGUCACAUGAAAAGUCUCACAUUCCAAUAGAGCAAAGAAAAAUUUAUAAUUGUGAAGUUUGCAAUCUUAAGUUCACAACUCAGUCGUCUCUGAUGUCCCACAAGCGUAUCGUGCACGAGAAGAUCAAGAGCUUCGUGUGCGACAAGUGCGGCUACUCGUGCGGCACGAACGGAGAGCUGCGACAGCACCGCGCGAUACACAGCGACGAUAAGCCAUUCACCUGUCGCAAGUGUUCCAAGGCUUUCAAGACGUAUUCUAAUCUAAAGACGCAUUUGGACACACACGAGGACACGUCCUACAUCUGUUACGUGUGUAACCGCGUGUUGAACAGCAGGCGGACUCUACGUAAACAUCUCACAGUACAUGAUAAUAGUUGUAUGUAUGUGUGCAACUACUGUAACAAGUCAUUCAAAAGAAAACAGACUCUCAAGGUACACGUACUGAUGCACACCGGCGACAAGCCACUGUCAUGCAAGUGGUGUGACGAGAGGUUUGCAUACGCGUCCACCUUGCGAUCGCACCGCCUGCGGGCGCAUCCGGACAAGUGCGCCGCACAAUACAACAACGCGACCUAUUCGACGGAAAAUAUACAACAAGAGUACCUUAAGAACGAGGCAAGUCAUGUCAACGCACUUAAGGGUGAUUUGGAAAUGCAGGCCUAGAUAUAUUGAAAGCUUUAUUUAUAUAAGUGGUAGAAUUUUAAAAAUGUAUAAUUGCAUCAUGUAUUUAUAUCCAAUGGUUUAAUUACUCUUAGGUGACAAAAUAUCGACCCACACAUUGAAAAGCACUGAAUUAUUUAUAUUUUAAUAAAGUUUUGCGUUAUUAUCAUGUUUAAUCUAUUUUAUUCUAGCAAAGAUGGGUUAACUUACAUAGCGUAUUUUAUCAUAUUGAUUAUGUAUAAUAAAUAACUGUAUUAAAUAUGUAUAUAAAUAAUA